AUGCCCGGUAUGAGGAAAAAUGAUGGAUCGGAAUCUAAUAUUACGCGCCAAAUAGCUAAUAUGCGAUGGGUCUUGAAAAACACCUUCAAGAAGCAUGAUUUUCGCCCACUUCAAAGGGAAGUGAUAUCUUCUGUCAUCCAAGGGCACGAUGUAUUCCUCCAAGCAUCGACAUCCUUUGGCAAAAGUCUAUGUUAUCAGCUUCCUGCUGUGUUGAAAGAUUGGGGCUUGACUGUCGUUGUUUGCCCACUGCUAUCACUGAUGACUGAUCAAGUGAACACUCUCAAAUCUCUUGGCGUGUCAGUCGCGACGAUAAACUCCAACACCACGCAUGACGAGAGGCAGCGAGUGUUCGAGGAUAUGCUAUGCGGCCACCCAUGCACACGUCUUCUAUAUGUCACGCCAGAGUUAUGCCUGACAGAGAACUUCCGCCGCCGCCUACUUACAGUCCACAAGCAAGGCCAACUCAUUCGAAUUGCAAUUGACGAGGCACAUUGUAUUAGCGAAUGGGGCCACGACUUCCGCCCUGCGUAUAAAGAGUUAGGGUGGUUUAGAAAGAACCUUGUCAACCCGACUGUGCCAAUCACUGCCUUGACAGCGACUGCCACCCCGCGAGUCCGGUCAGAUAUGAUCAACAUCCUGGGACUGGACCUCGAGAACCUUCGACUGUUUAACACGCCCUCAGAUAGACCAAACAUCCACUACGAGGUCCGGUAUCUCGCCGACUACGCUGGGGACAACUGUACCGCAGAAGACAGCCAGCUGAAGAAUCUGCUCAAUUGGCUCAGGGCCAUCCAGAGUCGACGAGAGGCCCGCAUUGGCAGUGAGGAGAUGGCACGUCUCCCUCCAAUGUCAGGAAUCGUAUAUGUGGGGACCCGGGCCAUGGCCGAGCAUCUUGCCAGCCGACUUUGCCAAUCAUCCGACGGGACAGUCACAGCAGUUGCGUACCACGCCGGCGUGGAAGCCACCAAACGGUCCCAAAUCCAAUCAACAUGGAAGUCAUCACGGCCAGUUCAGCCAGCGGAUGGUAGAAAGAUACCUGCUUUCUCGAUCAUCGUCGCCACCAAUGCCUUCGGUAUGGGAAUCGACAAUCCAGAUGUCCGCUUCGUUGUGCACUGGACGCCACCACGGAGCUUCGAAAGCUUCGUCCAAGAGUCAGGGCGUGCAGGGCGAGACGGUCGUGCCGCUGCUUCGCUUGUUUACUAUGGUAUUCAAGAGAGGAACUUCAUCGAGACUAUGAUACACCGGGAUACUGAGUCGCACCGGGUGAAUGGCCACGAGAACAGGGAAUCCAAGCUUGAGAGCUUUGGCAAGGUUAUUCGGUAUUGUGAAAGUAUCACGCGAUGCAGACACGAAUUGAUCAAAGAGUUCUUUGGUGAUUUCGAACUGGAAGAAAUGGGAUCACAACUGCCGGCCAAAGAAGGUGUGUCUGUUGCGAGUUCAUCGCCCUGUGAUUUUGCCUGCGAUUUUUGUAAAGAGGGUCGGGGGGGGCUGGCAAAACGCCGGGAGAAGAUGGCGUCUGAAACCCAGAUGGCUCUUUUGUACGCUGAUUUUGAUUAA